AUGUCUUUCCUAGUAGUAUCGAUUGUAAUAUUUGCGACGUCUUCAUUUUCAACAUCCAUCGAUUCAACAACUGUCUAUGCAGUGUAUACUGUGUCUUACAAUACUACUCGAUCGACAAUUGUCCAUAUUGAUAUUCAAUUUAUGCCUCAUAAGAAGACUGAGUUUAAUUUAACUGGAAGACAAACAUUCAUAAUGCCACGUUCUGUUCCUUCUGGCUACAAUUUAGAAUUCUAUGAUUUUUACGUCGACAAUUUAACAGCCGUCAGUCUCAAUGGAGGUUUUAUUCCAAUAAAAAAAGAAUCUAUUAGCGGCCCACGGUGGUCAGUGGAAUGCUUACCGAAUGAAACACUAUCAACAAUAUCGUAUUCGAUUGAUUUGACAAAACAUGAGCAAGGGAUACUGAGUGCUGGUGAUGCAUCAAAAAUACGACUUGAUCGAUAUAUAGGUAUUCUAGGCUAUUCUGUCUUCGGCUAUUUGGAACAAAUGGAUCAGAAGGAGCAUUUUCCUAUCAUGUUGAAUGUUCGCAGUCCAUCGAACUGGCCAAUUCAUUUAACAUUGUCGCCAACUAGUCAAUUACCAUAUGGACAGGCGUAUGGCCUAGCGAAAAAUUACUAUCACUUAGCCGAUUCACAAAUAUAUAUGGGACCAAAUAUGAGUUUUCAUUCUCUAUCUAUCCUUUACGACAAAGAAGAGCAUGCUCACAAAAUAUUGCCAUUUUACGUAGUUGCUUAUACGGAAGAUUCUUAUAAUCUGAAUGUUAGUAUGGUUGCUGAUUUGAGUGUAUCUGCCAUGCAAAAUAUAUUGAUAUACUAUGAAAGUAUGCCAUUUUUAUUCUAUACAGUGGCCAUCGAAAUGAUUAUGCCAUUGGAUGAACAGCAUUCGUACGGUUUCAGUAUAGAACAUUUGAAUAGUUGUACAAUCAAUGUUCAGUAUGGUUCGGGUGUAAACAGAAACAGUACACAAGAAAUAAUCAAAAUCUUCCAAUAUAAUCUCGCACAUCAUAUCCAGCAUGCUUGGAUACCAAAGCGAUUAUUUUCUAAAUUCUACUAUCCAUUCACAUUUGAAUUAACGCCAGUUAUCGACACAAUAUGGUUUAAUGAAGGUUUUGGUCAAUACAUAGCGAUGGACGCCAUGGCCAGUGUGUUACCAUUAAAUGAAUCGUACGAAUAUCGGCAAUAUUUUAUCAGGAAUCGUUUUGAACAUUAUUUUAAUGCGACACCGUUAUUUAUAAAGCACAUGUCAUUAGAAUAUGUGUCGAUGAUCGCAUCAUCUCUAUAUUCAACUGAUUUUCGAACAGGUACGAACGUCUUUUCGCGAGGCGCUUUACUAGCGAAAGAGAUCGAUGAAUUUAUUCAAUCAAAAACACAGAAACGGAAAAGUCUUCGUGAUGGUAUAAUCUACCUGAUGCAAUGGUCAGAAGUUCACCAGUAUAUCACUCCAUUUUCUAUGAAACAGUUUCCUCUUUUCUUUCUGAAUGCUACCAACGUUGAUGUCACUCCGAUUUUAAACAAGUGGUUGUAA